GGAGCUGUGUGUCUGUGUGUGUUUGCGUGCGCCUUCACCUUCAGCCAUCUUAAUCAUGUUGGGCGCUGUGGGACGGUGCAGCAGUGGGGCUCUGCAGGUUUUGAAACCUGGGAUCAACUCUCUGAAGACAAUCAGUGGGAGACAUGCGGCUCUUUCCUCGAGCAGGGGUUACGCUGCACCAGCUGCUCAGGCAGCACUGGCCAAUGGCCGCAUAGUGGCUGUGAUUGGUGCUGUGGUGGAUGUCCAGUUCGAUGAAGGCCUGCCUCCUAUUCUCAAUGCACUGGAGGUGGCUGGCCGUGAGAGCAGGCUGGUGCUUGAGGUGGCGCAGCAUCUGGGUGAAAGCACAGUCAGGACGAUUGCCAUGGAUGGCACAGAGGGUCUGGUCCGCGGUCAGCAGGUCCUGGACACCGGGGCCCCCAUCAGGAUCCCUGUGGGCCCUGAGACCUUGGGCAGGAUCAUGAAUGUCAUUGGAGAACCCAUUGAUGAGAGGGGUCCAAUUAACACCAAACAAACUGCUCCUAUUCAUGCUGAAGCCCCAGAGUUCACAGACAUGAGUGUGGAGCAGGAGAUCCUGGUCACUGGCAUCAAAGUGGUAGAUCUGCUGGCACCCUAUGCAAAGGGUGGAAAGAUUGGUCUGUUUGGCGGUGCUGGUGUUGGCAAGACUGUGCUGAUUAUGGAGUUGAUCAACAAUGUGGCCAAGGCUCACGGUGGCUACUCUGUGUUUGCUGGAGUGGGAGAGCGAACCCGUGAGGGAAACGACUUGUACCAUGAAAUGAUUGAGUCUGGUGUCAUUAACCUGAAGGACACCACCUCAAAGGUAGCGCUGGUGUACGGUCAAAUGAACGAGCCCCCAGGUGCCCGUGCCAGAGUUGCUCUUACCGGUCUGACUGUUGCCGAAUACUUCCGUGAUCAGGAGGGACAGGACGUGCUUCUCUUUAUUGACAACAUCUUCAGGUUCACCCAGGCCGGAUCAGAGGUGUCUGCCCUGUUGGGUCGUAUCCCCUCUGCUGUGGGUUACCAGCCUACCUUGGCCACUGACAUGGGAACAAUGCAGGAGAGAAUUACCACCACCAAGAAGGGCUCCAUCACCUCUGUACAAGCUAUCUAUGUGCCUGCUGAUGACUUGACUGACCCUGCUCCUGCCACAACUUUUGCUCACUUGGAUGCAACAACUGUGCUGUCCCGUGCUAUUGCUGAGCUUGGUAUCUAUCCUGCUGUGGACCCUCUGGAUUCUACCUCCCGCAUCAUGGACCCCAACAUUGUUGGGGCUGAACACUACGAUGUUGCUCGUGGUGUGCAGAAGAUUCUUCAGGACUACAAAUCAUUGCAGGACAUCAUUGCUAUCCUGGGUAUGGAUGAGUUGUCUGAGGAAGAUAAGCUGACUGUAGCUCGCGCUCGUAAGAUCCAGCGUUUCUUGUCGCAGCCUUUCCAGGUAGCAGAGGUCUUUACUGGCCACAUGGGAAAGCUGGUGCCUCUCAAGGAAACAAUCAAAGGCUUCCAGAGCAUUCUACAAGGUGAAUAUGAUGCCCUGCCAGAGCAGGCUUUCUACAUGGUGGGUCCCAUUGAAGAAGUAGUCCAAAAGGCUGAGAAACUGGCCGAGGAGCAUUCUUAAGUGAUUUGUCUGCAAGGUUUUAUGAGAUAAACAUUUGUACAGUAUAAUUUCUAUUUGAGGAACCUCUAACAUGUCAUGCUGAGUAUGAUGUAUUGUGGUUCCAUUUCUCCAAAGGUUCCAAAGGUGAAAAUGAAAUAAAAAAUGACAUUGUGAUAUAUA